GUUUAAUGAAAGCCAUUCAUUUUUAAUUUUCUUUUAUUCUUUUUAAACCUUCUAACUUAGAGGUAUGAAUUCUGAGGAUACAAUUGGUAAGGAUAAUCUGUUUGCUGUAAAAAGUGUUCGUUGGAAGGCGAUUCGUAGUAAACUUUCACCCGUUUUUACAACUGGGAAACUCAAAAACUUCUUUCUUUUAAUGUUGAAUGUUACCCAAACAUUAGAAGAAAAACUCUCAAUGGAUAUUGCGGAUGAACCACGAGAAUAUGAAAUGAGAGAUUUAGCAUCAUACUUCACAACAGACACAAUUACAAUUUGCAUCUUUGGUGUACAAGCUAAUAGUUUGCUAAACCCAAAUGGGGAAUUCUACAGGAGUGCAAGGAAAACCUUUGAUUUGAACUGGAAACGUUCCAUUGAGCUUCUAACGUGCUUCUUCCUACCUGAAUUAGCAAUAAGAUUGCGUUUUACACUCUUCUCAAAGGAAACAAAUAAUUUCCUGAGAUCAUCAAUUAACUACGUUAUGGAAGAACGCGUGAAGAGUGGCACGAGACGCAAUGAUAUGAUAGAUGCACUAAUUGCAAUGAAAAAUGAGGAUCCUGAUCUAUUUAAAGGGGAUACAAUUGUAGCUCAAGCUGGAAGUUUUCUUCUUGCCAAUUUUGAAACAUCCUCAUCUGUUAUAUCUUUUGCACUGUAUGAGCUGGCGCGUCAUCCAGAAAUUCAAGAAAAUCUCCGGAACGAAAUUAAAGAUUAUGCCAUGAAGUAUGGGUCGCUGCAGUAUGAGACUCUCAAUGAAAUGGAAUACCUCAAUGGUGUUGUUCAAGGUUCGUCAUCACGAUUUCUUCUUUUGCAAACCUUCUAGGUUCCAAAGGCUUCCUAUCUUUUUGUUUUUUG